AUAUUUUGUUUGAACCAUUUGAAUCUUUAGUUAUUAAAAAUUCAACCAAAAAUUCAAACAAUGAUGAAAUGAAGAUUCGUAAUCCGUUGCCGCUUAACGUUCAAUUUCAAACACAAUCCACCCUCAACAGAAACCUCUUUAAAACCCUCGGCGGAGGACUUGACGUCGCCGCCUAUGGCUCCACCAUUCAACACUGCUCCAACCACCGCCUCGUCCGUCAAGGCAAACAGCUCCAUGCGCGCCUCUUCCCAUUCUCCAUCACACCCGACAAUUUCCUCGCCUCAAAGCUCAUCAUCUUCUACGCCAAAUGUAACCUCACACCACAAGCCCGCAACGUGUUCGACAAAAUUCCCAGUAAAAACACAUUCUCCUGGAACGCCAUGCUCAUCGCUUACUCCUCUAACUCCCUCUUCAAUGACGCGGUUAACCUCUUUGCAUCCUUUGUUUCCUCCACGGUAACCUCAACAGGCGUAUCUCCCGAUAACUUCACCGUAACCUGCAUCUUGAAGGCGCUGCCCUCAUCUUCUUCUUCGUCGCAUAAAUCAGUAGAAGCGAUUCACGGUUUCGUUCUUUGUCGCGGAUUUGACUCUGAUGUUUUCGUUCUCAACGCAUUGAUCACGUGUUAUUGCAGGUUUGGUAGGACUGAAAUGGCAAGGAAGGUGUUUGAUGAAAUGACGGAUAGAGAUAUCGUGACAUGGAACUCCAUGAUUGGUGGUUAUUCUCAGAGUGGAUUGUACCAAGAAUGCAAGAGAUUAUACUUGGAGAUGUUAGGUUUGGAAGGCAGAGGAAUUCUACCAAACGCAGUUACUAUUGGUAGUGUGAUGCAGGCGUGUGGACAAUCGAAGGAUCUUUCAUUUGGAAUGCAAGUUCAUCGAUUUAUGAAGGAUAAUGUAAUUGAGACGGAUGUGUUGCUUCAUAAUGCUGUAGUUGCUAUGUAUGCGAAGUGUGGAAGUUUGGAUUAUGCCCGUGAGUUGUUUGAUGAAAUGAGUGAAAAGGAUGAGGUUAGUUAUGGGUCGAUUAUUUCUGGGUAUAUGAUUAAUGGAUUUGUAGAUAAGGCUUUGGAUGUUUUAAAGGGAAUGGAAAACCCUGGAUUGAAUACUUGGAAUGCUGUGAUUUCGGGUAUGGUUCAGAAUAACCAGUUUGAAGGGACAUUGGAUUUGGUUAGAGAAAUGCAGGGACUUGGUUUGAAAUUGAAGCCAAAUGCUGUUACACUAGCCAGCAUUCUUCCUUUGUUUACGUAUUUCUCAAACCUUCGAGGGGUGAAAGAGGUACAUGGUUAUGCAGUCAGAAGAAGUUAUGACCAAAGUAUAUAUGUGGCAACUUCCAUGGUUGAUACUUAUGCAAAAUUGGGGUUUAUUCACGUUGCAAGGCGGGCUUUUGAUCAAUCACGGAGUAGGAGCUUGAUAAUUUGGACUGCAAUUAUAUCUGCUUAUGCUACUCAUGGAGAUGCUAGUUUGGCACUUGGUCUGUUUGAUCAGAUGCUAGAUAGAGGAAUUCAGCCGGACCCGGUGACAUUAACUUCUGUGUUGACAGCUUGCGUUCAUUCCGGGUUGGUGCAUGAAGCUUGGAAUGUCUUCAAUGACAUGCCUUCUAGAUGUGGGAUUCAACCUGUGGUGGAGCACUAUGCCUGCAUGGUUGGUGUUCUUAGUCGAUCUGGAAAGCUUUUGGAAGCGGCAAAGUUCAUUUCUGAGAUGCCAAUGGAGCCAACUGCUAAAGUUUGGGGUGCUCUGCUGCACGGAGCUUCUAUCUAUGGCGAUGUGGAAAUGGGGAAGUUUGUUUGUGAUCAUUUGUUUGAAAUCGAGCCUGAAAAUACAGGGAAUUACAUAAUUAUGGCAAAUUUGUAUUCACGUGCUGGGAGAUGGGGAGAAGCUGGUAAGAUUAGGGAAAUGAUUGAUGAAAUUGGAUUGCAGAAAAUCAGGGGAAGUAGCUGGAUUGAAACAAGUGGAAGGUUAGUAGAGUUUAUUGCCAAAGAUAUGUCAAAUGAAAUGUCUGAUGAGAUUUAUGCAUUGCUGGAAGGAUUGCUUGGUUUGAUGAGGGAAGAAGGAUAUAUCUUACAGACAGAAUUUGAUCCUAAUGUUCAUUGAAACUAAGUAGCACUCAACUUGUCCCUUGUAUGAGGCCAGAACAAAAAAAAGGACAUUCAACCUCUGAGGUGCUGUGUUUGAAAAACACCUAAAUUAUGGUGGUCGCAAACUUUUGUUAAACUCCUAUAUGUAUCUCUAUGCUCUGCAAAAAUGUCAAGCUGAACUAGGUGCUUUUGGCUAAGGUUGAUUUUUUUUUAUACUUCAACUUUAUGGAAUUGAGAUUGAUACGGCAUGGAACGAUGAGAUGGUGACUAAUAUUUUGUGAAAAAUUGGAACCAAAAAGAUAGUAAUUUAUGUUGACAAUGGCUCCACGUAUAUGAUUUCUUUUAGAAAUCACCAAAUUGGUGUGAUGGGGCAUUGGAAGGAACGCAUUAUCAUUGAUUUUUGUACAGCCAGCCAGCUGUAGUAAUUGAAUAAUCAUAAGGAAACAUAUUUGUUUGAUAUUAUUAGUAUUUUAUUGGGGGAUCCUAUUGUGUUUACCUUUUUCUUUUGAGAGCAUCUAUGCAUAUGAUAUUUUCAUAUUAAUUUUACAAGUUUCCUUUUUACCAUCUUUAAUUCGUUCCUGUCUUUUCUUUCUAGUUAAGCAUCCAAUAUCUGUGAAGUCUAUUUUCCUUUAAUCAUAACCUGGUGGCCACCGAAUGUUGUUCUUCUUCACAGCAGGAAUCACUACUUGAUCUUAUAUUUUAAUGUUUUGGUCUAGAAUACCAUCAUCAUAAAAGUAGCACACUGGCACCAAGGAAGUACUAGUAAUUUGCAAUAAUAGUAAGAAAAUAUUAGAUGUAUUAUAAAAUAAGCAUGUGGACAUGUAAAUCUAUGAUGAGUAGAAGGCAUAAAGAGGUCUUAUUCUUUACGCUGGUUGCAUUAUUGCUUUGGUUGGUUUAA